AAUAAAAGGCUGUGCAGCAAUGGCAACGGCGGUAAUUUCAUUGAGCGCUUCAAAACAUUGAGAUCUUAAUAAACUUAGAACAAAAUUUAACCACUACUUACACCACUCUACUUCUAACUUCCGAACUUGAAAAACAUGUCUGGUCUGUCAAUUUUGUUGAGUCUUAUUGAUGAAUUAGAGCACGAAAUUCCCUCGUACUGUGGAAACGAUUUUGGCUUGGGACUUUCACCAUGCAUUAUACACGGUCAGGCCCAUCAUGAGCCCAUUGCUAAUAAUGUUGGCUUUGGUUCAUUACCUUUAAGUUUGCUCAGUCGCCUUAGUGAUCGCCAUGCAGCCCGACGCGGUGAACGCAUUGAGGGUCCGAUGUCUACUGUAGGUAAAGAUGGCUUCCAAGUGUGUAUGGAUGUGGCCCAAUUUAAGCCCAGCGAAUUAAAUGUAAAAGUUAUCAACAACUCCAUUAUCAUUGAAGGAAAACAUGAGGAGCGAGAAGACCAACAUGGUUUUAUCCAGCGUCAUUUCGUACGACGAUACAUUCUUCCCAAGGGAUACGACGCGGAGAAGGUAGCAUCGACCCUUUCUUCUGAUGGCGUUCUUACCGUUAGCGUGCCUAAGCCACAAAUUGAGGAAAAUCCAAAUGAACGGGUUAUACAUAUCCAGCAAACCGGGCCAGCCCAUCUAAAUGUGAAACACAAUACAAAAGAAAAUAAAGCCGAUUCGAAUGGAACUGAAGAGGAAAAGUAAACGUAUUGAUCCCCAUACAUCUAACAUUGUGUCUAACACCAAAUUUUACAUGAAUUUGUUUACAAUUCAAUAGUACAUACAUAUAUUGUUUUUGGCAAUACCUUACACUUGUAUAUUUUUUUAUUCAAAUAGGAAUAAGUUGUCCUUUAUUUACAGUUAGAAUAUACUAUGUAUGUAUAUUACAAAAGAAAUAUAUAGAUAUAAAUAAAAGAAGCAUUAA